CUUCCCUCUCUCACCACCACUCCCCUCUCCCUCCCACCUCCGGCCCCUCCCCCGGUCUCACCUCCACCUGCCCAGCGCCCGCAGACCGAGAUGGGAGCCGCCGGAGUUGAGAUUUUGUAACUAGUCGCUAGUCCUUGAACUGCCUGCCAAUUCGAGGUUUGCCGGCACCAUUUCCAGGACCAUCGCACGAUUUCUAAAGUGCAGCGAUCACAAUUAGCUCAACAUCCUGGGAGAGUAGUGGCUACAGAUUGUGGAUUGAAGCAUCGAGGACCAGAGGUCACAGGUACAAAAUAAAGGAGAAAAGAAUUAAUAGUGAAACGAGGAUAAACAUUUUGACACAUUGGAAUCUGGAAUGCACUACCUGCAGAUGUGCUGGAGGCAGGUUCUGUUGUGGCCUUGAAGAGUGAAUUGGAUAAAUACAUGGCCAUUGUCUCUCGAGGUUUGGAUCCAUACUUGCUGCAUUAAGUGACCCAUUCCUUACCCAAAAUCACUGAGAAAGUAACUGGGAAAAGACAGAGGCAUUGGCCAUCAGUGCAAUGGAACGAAUCCAGCAAGGCUUCCAGAAACGCACAUUAACCAAGUCGCGGUUUCGGAAGAUUACCAGUGAAGAUGUGAAGAAAUUUGGCAAGAACAAUGUGUUUGUGCUGUUCACUGUGGUGGCAGUUAUUGCUGGUGUCGUACUUGGCUUUUGUCUCAGGAAAUAUCAAAUGAGCUUUCGCCAGGUGAAAUACUUCUCCUUCCCAGGAGAACUGCUGAUGCGCAUGUUACAUAUGAUGGUGAUGCCUCUCAUCAUUUCCAGUUUGGUGACAGGCAUGGCUGCCCUGGACAGCAAAGCCUCUGGGAAAAUGGGAUUGCGAGCAGUGGUCUACUACACCACCACCACUGUCCUGGCAGUGAUAACUGGAAUCAUCAUAGUGUUGAUCAUCCAUCCUGGAGGAGGAGGCAAGGACAAGAUGCAUCGGGAGGGCAAGAUCGACAAAGUGCAUUCAGCUGACGCAUUCAUGGAUUUAGUAAGGAAUAUGUUUCCCCCGAACCUGGUGGAGGCUUGCUUCAAACAGUUUAAAACCAACUAUGGCACAAGAAAGGUCACCCCGGUCAUCGUGGAGAAUGGAACUCUCAGCCCAGCUGUGGUGAUCACCAACGUCACCCAGGCUGUGAAACUGCUCCUGGAAGCCACAGAGGAGCUGGUCCCAGUCCCAGGCUCUGUCAACUCCGUCAAUGCCCUUGGGCUUGUUGUGUUCUCCAUGAGUUUUGGGCUUGUAGUUGGAGCAAUGAAGGAAGAGGGAAGAGCGCUUGGAGAAUUCUUCAACUGCCUUAAUGAAGCGAUUAUGCGUUUGGUGGCCGUGAUCACAUGGUAUGGUCCAGUGGGGAUCCUGUUCCUCAUUGCGGGGAAGAUUGUGGAGAUGGAGGACAUGAGUGUGGUGGGUGGGCAGCUGGGUAUGUACACGGUCACUGUCAUCAUUGGCCUGCUGAUCCACUCUCUGGUGGUGCUGCCCGCCCUCUACUUCUGUGUCACACGCAAGAACCCCUUUGCGUUCAUCGGUGGAUUGGUGCAUGCCUUGGUUACCGCUCUCGGGACAUCCUCCAGUUCGGCCACACUGCCCAUCACAUUUCGAUGCCUGGAGGACAAGAUUGGUCUGGAUAAACGAGUCACCAGAUUUGUGUUGCCAGUGGGAGCCACGAUUAACAUGGACGGCACUGCUCUCUAUGAGGCCCUUGCUGCUAUUUUCAUCGCACAGGUUAACAACUUCGACCUCAACUUUGGGCAAAUACUCACCAUCAGCAUCACUGCCACAGCUGCCAGUAUCGGUGCUGCUGGAAUCCCCCAGGCAGGCCUGGUUACUAUGGUGAUCGUGCUGACAUCAGUGGGACUUCCUACAGACGACAUCAGUCUCAUCAUUGCAGUGGAUUGGUUCCUGGACCGACUGCGAACCACAACCAAUGUGCUGGGAGACUCGGUGGGAGCCGGCAUCGUGCAGCACCUGUCUCGCCAUGAACUCCAGGAAAUGGAUGCUGAAGUGGAGGAGAUGAAGAAACCUUACCAACUGAUGGGUCCGGAUCAUGAGAACGAGAGGGCCAUUGGCAGUGAGACCACCAUGUAGGGUGGGCUGAUCUAUCAGUGUCUGCUCCAGCCCCAGUAGAUACUGUGUCCCUUACACAUCAAUGUUUGCAAUGUCAUAGAAUCAUAGAGUCAUUCAGCACAGAAACAGGCCCUUCGGCUCACCCUGUCAAUGCUGUCCAUUAGGUACCCAUCUAUUCUAAUUCCAUUUACCGACACUUGGUCUGUACCCUUCUCUGCCUUGCUGAUUCAAGCGCUUGUGUAGAUUUUUUCAAUGUUGUGCGGGUCUCUGCCUGCACCACCCCCUCAGGCAGUGUGUUCCAGAUUCCAACCACCCUCUGGGGGAAAAAUUCUUCAUCAAAUGGGUCCUCUAAACCUACCAUGAACCUCCCUUCUCUAGUUCUAGGUACCUCGACUAUGGGGGAAAUGAUUCCAUCUAUCUACCCUCAAUGCCCCUUGUAAUUUGUUUACCUCUAUCACCUCGGCCUCCUCUGUAUGUAGGAAAACAGACCCAGUCUCUUGUCGUAACCCAAACGCUCUAUCCCAGGCAACACAUGGGGAAUCUUCUCUGUACACCACCUCCUUCCUGUUGCGUGGUACAUGGUAUCCAGCUGUGGCCCAAACACUGUUCUAUAACUUGCCUGUACUUUAUCUUCACUCAACAUAAUCAAGUCUGUUAAGUAUCAAAGUAGGAGUUCAUUCAGUAUGAGCAUGUGUGUGUGAGAGGGCAAAUGGUGCACAUAUGCAGUCUGAGCUCGUGUGUGUAUUCAAUGUGAGUGUACAGUCAGUGUGUGGAUACAGGUAGUUUGUGUGUGUUUAUGUGCUCACACAAACAAGGUGUGUGUGUGAACAUGUGUGCACACAGCCAAGGUGUGUAUGUGAAUGUG